GAAAAGUAGUUUCUCAUUGUUGGAAGGGUGUUUGCAUGGCACCACAUCCUGUGCAGUGAGGUGAGCUGUGCCCCUCUGGUGAGUCAGUCACAUUAACCCUGGUUAAACACAGUGAGCACGCAGCGUUUGACGUAAGCACAUGUCACAGCAGUGCAGAGCGAGCAGGACAAACAGAACGGCUUUGACAGCAGUCCACAGGUCUCAGUGGAAAACAAUAGAAAAAGAGGGUAUUGGGUUAAACAAAAGAGUGAGUAUGAUUCAACAUCCGUUACUAAGCCCCGCCUCCAUCCACGACUGAUUGACAGCUGACAUUGUGUCUCUGGAUGAAAGCUGUGCGAAUAAAGGCUCCCGCUUCAGUUACCAUCAGUACCUCUCUAAAGACCGUCACAGAAGCUCUUCAGCCAGAGGAACACCUCUCAGUCAAUUCAGUUCCCAUUUCUCUUUCUUCAGCAUGAGGCACAUCACAUUAUACUACACUGGGGCUGCAUUCCUCUUCUUGCUGUUCUCUGCAACAGGUGCUGAGCCCUACACUAUUGUAAGGAUUUUGGAGGGCCUCCAGGCAGAGCCCCAGACCUCCCCUUCACCCCUGAACUCAUUCUCCCUCUGCAUGGAGAUCAAGAACCGCGUCUUCAGCGACGCUCUCCUCAACUCAACCUCACAGCAGUACAAGCAGAUGUAUGCUGAGGUCGCUGGAGUUCUGGACAUCGCCUUUAACUGCUCUGACUGUGACACAAGAGACACCUACAGAGGAGUGACAAACAUACAGUUCAGUAACGGGUCUGUGAUCGCAAACUGUACCAUCCAGUUCCAGACUAUUUUCAUCAACCAUGUUAUGCUCAAGCAUUUGUUCCUGAGGGCCAUAGAUAAUAAGACUUUCGUCAACGGUCUUGCAGUCAACAGACAGUACACAGCUGAAAUAGUCGCACCUGCCUGGCUUUUUUCAAAGUCAACCACUUUUGCAGAAUCUAGUGCUGAGGGUCUUCCUGGGUGGGCCAUUGCAUUGCUAGUGCUAGCAUGCAUCAUCAUACUGCUUAUGUUCCUCGUCUUACUACUGUUAUGCUUUUGGUGCUGUAGGAGAAAAGCUAAAAAGGAAGAAACACAAACCAUUGCUCCGUAUGAGAGAACGUCUUACAAAGAACAUCUUUCUGAUCCCACAUAUCUGUCACACACACCUGAGAAGAGGCCCAACUACCAGAGCAUGGGAGAACCAGAAGCACAACAUGACAACCGAGCCGGGAUCUACAUGAUGAAUCCUCAGAGAUGAAAACCACAACACUGCUAUAAGAGAGAGGCGUGGAGGAACCCAUGCUAUGAAGGUCAGGAUGGUAAAGUGGCUUCUCUCAUAGAAGAUGCUGUUUUUCUAAAAAUGUGGACUUGUCAACAUUACUAUGUGUAAUCUAAGUAUUAUACACAACUGGACUGAACUAUUUCUGUGCUUUUUCUGAAGCACAAAUAUGGGCAUUUGGGUCUGUGAACUUUUGCAUCUCUUACUCUAUUUCUGUUUUACUUUGCUCACGGCGCAUACUCUUCAACAGUACGCAGAUAUGUUGUGCACGCUCUAUAUCACUUCAUCAUUAAUAACCCGCACAAGAAAUAUGAGCAUACAUACCCAGUUCUGUCGUCAGUCAUGCAAUCUCCAAAAAGAUGAUUAAAGCUGCAAACUUUGCAUGCAAGAACGUCGCUCAAAUGCAUGUACUAAAACAUAUUCUAUAAUUCGAGAAUAACUGUGUAUUUUUAUUUGUAAUUUAACGCAUAGAUAAAUGUGAGCACAGUGCACUUAUACUAGUAUAAGUGUACUGUGUUCACAUUUAAUUGUGCAUUAAAUUACACAUUUUACAAAUCUAGUAGAAUAUAUAUGAUAAUGGAAAUUGAAAUGCAUAAAAUAACAAAUUUUAUAUCCUGGCAUUUAUGUCUAAUGUUGACUUCCAUUUCCCCAUCUUUCUUGCGUGUCUUAUCCAUUAGUAUGCAAUAUUGGAGAGCAAGCAUUUGGGAGUUUUGAGAAGUUGAAUGAGCAAUAAAGCUAUAGUGGGCCCCUUUAUAAAAUACCUGGAGGUGGGGAAUAAUACAAAAAUUGUCAUAUUCACUGAGUAUGACUUGAUCUAAUUCACUAUUAUCUCAAUUACAGCUUAUUAGAAAUUAAUUGUACUUAGUUGUGUUUUUGGAAAGAAAACAUUUCAGUACAUUAUAGUCAAACACAUUUUUAUAUUGAAAUAAUGAAGAUUUCUGUGCCACCCCAGACUGGUUGCUGGCCCCUCCCUGGCCACCCCGAUGAAAACAUCCUGGCUCCGCCACUGCAUAAGACCGGGGCUAGUUGUCACAUUCUAUACUUCACUAAAUAGGUUAGGUUUAUAUUUUCAAGAAAGCCUUUGAACAUUUGCACUGUUUCAAAAAUAUUUCAUUUAAAGUGUACUUUAUUUUGAUAUUCAGUGGUGUGACUGAAAUUUCAGACAGUAAAACAAUUAUAAAACAGAAUAAUUUUUUGACUGAAGGAUUUGCAUAUGUGACAUUUUGCCCCGGUCUCUUUUACUGUAUAUCGAAGGCUACUGUAGAAGAGUAGGUCUCCUAAAUUGAAAUAUUUUAUUUUUGAUACUGCAUGUGAUGGGGUCUGGUGUCUCCAGAUUACAAGUCUAUCAAUUCAUAAAUGCCUUUUGAUUUGUCAUUUGCAUUUGUGUUAAUUGUAUGGUCAUUUACACUUAUUAAUACACUUUCUGGGGGUAGAGCUGUUGUAUUCGAUGCACAAUACUUCAGCAAAACAAUAUUGUACCAGGUACAUUAUAAAUAAAUAAACUGUAUCCAAUGUA